AUGUAUUCCUUUGUCUUUGACUAUGAACGCUCCAUGUAUUCCUUUGUCUUUGACUAUGAACGCUCCAUGUAUUCCUUUGUCUUUGACUAUGAACGCUCCAUGUAUUCCUUUGUCCUUGACUAUGAACACUCCAGUAUUCCUUUGUCCUUGACUAUGAACACUCCAUAUUCCUUUUUCUUUGACUAUGAACGCUCCAUGUAUUCCUUGGUCCUUGACUAUGAACGCUCCAGUAUUCCUUUGUCCUUGACUAUGAACGCUCCAGAGGAGACUAUGCCUGACUACGUUAUUCGGCUGUACAAGGACUCGGAUUAUGAAGCGGUCCGGGAUAUCUUUUCACGAGGCAUUAUAGAACACACCAAUACUGCUUUCUUUCACACUGUCAGCCUCCCUCACAUCUGGGCUCUCCUGCUGGCCAUGUUCUUGGUAUUCCUACAGACCACGGGGUCUUACCUCCUCUCAUCCAUGGCGGUAUCUCUCAGUGUAGCAGCACUAUGGCUUGUGAACAGGCAUAUCUACGUUGGUUAUGUUGCAGAUAGCUUAGCUACCGACAUGAUGAAUAUCCAGAAAUAUUACCUACAACGGGAUGGUUACUGCUUCUGGGUGGCAGAGCUGGCUGGGGAAGUUGCUGGGAUGGUUGCUGCCAUUCCUCCAGAUCCUCCCACUGGAGAAAACCACGUGGAGCUUAAGAGAUUGUCGGUUCCCACAAAACACAGAGGGAAAGGGAUCGCUAAGGCCUUGUGUAGCACGGUCAUUGACUAUGCCCGGAAGAGAGGCAGUAGUGCGGUGGUGUUAAGCACCUCCUUAUCUCAGAACGAUGCUUCAAAGUUAUAUCUAAAGAUGGGCUUCAGACGAACCGCCACCGACUAUGCACCAUUUAUAAUUGGAAAAUUCGUUGACUUCAAAAUUUUGUUUUACCAGUACGACAUUCCCGUUCAGGGAUAAAUCACAUGCAGGCACUCCCCGAUUUGCAAAUAUCCGACUUACAUACUUACGAAAGGAA